AAUGAAUCAUCGCGCUCUCUCUCUCUCUCUCUCUCUCUCUCUCUCUCUCUCCCCGUGUGUCUGAAUCGAGGCAAUGGAGGUCUCUUUGUUUUCUACAACCUCAACUGGAUUAUUCGGUUCUUCAUCAGAAACCCUAAUUCGGGAUAGAUUUCAAUGUCGAAUGUCGUUCGUACUGUACAGCGGUUUUUCCCCAUCCUAUAUGCAGUUUACUAUAUUGAUGCAGCACAGUCAUUAACACAGAGUUUGCAAACAGAGAUAUCGUUUCCCCAAAGAAAAAGGCUUCUGACUUGGAACCGAGUUUCUGUCUCCAUUUCGCCAAGUAAAGGAGCUGAGCGAUUGGGUCGAACGGAAUUUCACCUUCUAAAGAGACACAGCCUGCAGGUGGCAUGUAGCCAAAAGAAGGAAGUUCAUGUGGUAGAGGCCAGCUGCAUGGAUGACAUAUACAAUGCUUUGGCUGAACGUCUUGUUCCAACAGCAGCAGUAGCUUCAAAUCCUAAUUUCAAGCACAUUGUGGGUUUGGCUGGUCCUCCUGGUGCUGGGAAGAGCACUAUUGCAAAUGAAAUAGUUCGGCGAGUAAAUAAGUUAUGGCCUGAAAAGUCAUGUUCUUUCGAUUCACAAGUCGAUCCACCAGAAGUGGCUGCAGUCCUUCCAAUGGAUGGGUUCCACCUUUAUCGUCAUCAACUGGAUGCAAUGGAGGAUCCAGAGGAAGCUCACGCGAGAAGGGGUGCUCCAUGGACAUUUGAUCCUGAACUACUGCUCAAGUGUCUCAAUACUUUAAGAGUUCAGGGAUCAGUUUAUGCUCCUUCAUUUGACCAUGGCGUUGGAGAUCCAGUGAAAGAUGACAUUUUUGUGAACCUGCAACACAAGGUGGUGAUAGUGGAAGGUAAUUAUCUGCUGUUGGACAAAGGGGUUUGGAAGGAUAUAUCAUCUGUUUUUGAUGAGAAGUGGUUCAUCGAGGUUGACAUUGAGACAACAAUGCAACGGGUUUUAAAGAGACAUAUAUUGACUGGAAAGCCUCCGGAUGUUGCUAAAUGGCGGAUAGAACACAAUGACCAGCCUAAUGCAGAGCUCAUAAUGAAGUCGAAGAAAAAUGCAGAUUUGAUUAUCAAGUCGGUUGAUCUCUGAAUUUGAAUCCACACCUGUAACCAGAAGAUAGACAAUGGUCAAUUCAGUUCAAUCCUGUUAUAAUAAGGAGAAACAGUCUAAUAAUGGAGAAGGCAUAAACAAGUUGACCAAAAGUGAAAAUGUAGCCAUCUUUUCAACUGAAUCGGAUCCGGCUUCAAGGUUGGUGAAUCCAUUUUGCUCUCAAGUUAUUAUAGUACAAAAUAAAGGUAGCAGUUAGAACUUUCUCGUUUCAUUGUAUGAUACUAGUAACUCUCUACUUCAUUCAGUUUAAUUCAUUUUUUCACAAAGGUUUGAUA